UUGAUUAAAUUCUGGCUUUGGCUUCUAUUGCACACAAGCGAUUUCUCAGAGUCACAGAAGACUAUUAAAGACCAGCGAGAUCUACUGGGCUCUGAUCUCCGCCUUGCCUUUCGCUGAUUGAUCGAUCUUGUCCUUCUUCUCGUUUGAGUAGAGAGAGAAAUUGAGCUCUGUGGUUCUUUAGAGAGAAAGAUUGAGACUUGAGAGUAGUAAUGGCGAAUGGAGGUGGGUAUGGAGAUCCUAGCCAGAAGAUAGACUACGUCUUCAAAGUGGUGCUGAUUGGGGAUUCGGCGGUGGGGAAGUCGCAAAUACUAGCUCGAUUUGCGAGGAAUGAGUUCAGCUUAGACUCUAAGGCUACUAUCGGAGUCGAGUUCCAGACUAGAACCUUGGUAAUCCAGAACAAGAGCGUCAAAGCCCAGAUCUGGGAUACUGCUGGCCAAGAACGAUAUAGAGCAGUAACAAGUGCAUACUAUAGGGGUGCUGUUGGAGCAAUGCUGGUUUAUGACAUAACCAAACGUCAAACAUUUGAUCACAUACCACGUUGGCUGGAAGAGCUGCGUAGCCAUGCUGACAAGAACAUAGUUAUAAUUCUGAUUGGGAAUAAAUGUGAUCUUGAGAACCAGAGGGCGGUCCCCACUGAAGAUGCUAAGGAAUUUGCCCAAAGAGAAGGAUUGUUCUUCUUAGAGACCUCUGCAUUGGAAGCUACCAAUGUUGAGAAUGCCUUCUCGACUGUGUUGACAGAGAUUUUUAACAUUGUAAACAAGAAGACUCUAACUGCUGGUGAAAAUCAAAGUAAUGGCAACCCUGCAUCGUUGGCGGGCAAGAAAAUCAUCAUUCCAGGCCCUGGACAAGAAAUUCCUGCAAAAAGCAAAACGUGUUGUAGCUCAUUGUAAUUUGAUCAGACAGACUUCAAAGUAUGUGAUUGUCUGUUUUGUGCUUCUAAUGGGCAAUUUUUGAAAGGUGUGUUGUGUUUUGUUGUAAAUUUUUCAUUUCUGUAGUUUAGCUUGCUUCAAAUGCAGCUGAAUUUUCUAUCAA